GCAAGCUAUAUAGAGUUACCUCCCUUAUGAAGAGGCUCAAGGGAUAAAUAAAUGUGUUUCUUGCAUGUGUUUGUCAAAUAACAGAUACCAAGCUUGUCGUUCGAUACCGGUAGGACUAUCCACGAUGUCAGUCACAGGGGGAAUGAUCGGCUUCAUGAAGCGGAUGCUAGAAGAAUACAAAAGUUUAAGAGGGAGGACAAAGGACAGCGGUGUCAGGCCCUUCUGGGAUGUGGUUGUCAUCACAACAGCCGAUGAAGACCAAAGGAAGGCCUUCCAGUUGCAGAUCGAUGACAAGGCAGAACGGAGGGAGCUGCCAUUGGAUCUGCCAAUAUAUGUUGUCACAGACCCACCUGGCCCCAGAAUUGGUAAUGGUGGUUCUACCCUGACUGCCCUAGAGCACCUGCAUGAUAAAUACGGGGCGGAGAUGUACCAGAAGAAGGUCCUCCUGAUACAUGCAGGGGGGUGGAGCCAGAGGAUGCCGAGUGCAAGUGUUCUAGGGAAGGUGUCUGCCCUCCCCCACGGAGAACCUCUGUACCAGAUGCUGGACCUCAAGUUAGCCAUGUACUGGUCACUCGUGGACAAGAUGAAGCCAGGUGUGCUGCUUGUCUGUGCUGAUGACUUCCUGGUGUAUGAUCUCGGAUCUGAUUCUGACUGGUCGAUUCCUGAUACUGGAUUCACUGCAUUUGCUCAUCCAUCAUCGAUUGAGAUGGGACGUACACAUGGCGUCUAUGUUAUUGCAGAUCAGGAUGUGAACAGCAGACAGAAGCAUAUUUCUAUUAAAGAAUGUCUUGAGGUGUUGCAGAAACCGACAGAUGAGAGAAUGGAGAAGCAGGGAGCUGUUCUUGAAGGUCAAGGUCCUUUUGAAUUUGCAGAUGAUCUAACUCUUGAGGGCAAGGUUGUGUAUACUGACAGCAGCUUCUACUUCGGGACAGAUGUCAUGAAGAGCCUCCUGGACCUGAAGAAGAAGACUGGCCAAAUCACAUGUGAGAUUGAUGCUUAUGGUGACUUCUUACAAGCUCUCGGUCCCAGGGCAACAUCGGAUUAUAUUGACCUGACAGGGAAUAUCAGCCUCAUGACCGCUGACCUCAAGGACACAAGGAUGAAAGUUUUCAAUCAUCUAAAAGGAACAGAUAUCCAUCUUCUCGUGAUGAAUGCAUCAAAGUUCAUCCACAUAGGAACAACAAAGGAGUAUAUAUACCAUUUAUGCGAAGACAUAGAAUUCCAACAACAGCUUUCAUUCUCAAAAGAUGUCUUUAAUGUUUGGACGGACAGUUUUAACUAUAAUAAUCAUAAAAUGCCUAAAAUGGAACAUCAAUCCUUUGGUUGUGUAAUGCACUCUUCUCUUCCAAAAACAUCAUCAACCCCAGUCAGAUCUGUGAUGGAAUAUUGCCACUUUGAUGUCCCGGUCUCAGUUGAGCCCGACACCAUCAUCAGUAACUGCCAGUAUCUGUUGUCCGAGGUAUCUCAUGCUCCCAAGGUCCUCGCUGUACCCAAAGGCUGCUUCCUCCAUACUGUGCCCAUCUGCAUCGACAACAGGACAGAGUAUGUUACCAUCUUCCUGAAUAUAUUUGACAACAUCAAGAAGUCAUGUUCUUCAGAUGAUGUGACUUCUUUGUCCUUCCUUGGCAAAACAAUUGAGGACUUUUGCUCAUCUUCAAGCUUGACUCUGAAAGAACUAAUCCCCAAAGAAACAUCUGGAAGUGCAGCUCACAAACUCAGCCUGUGGAAUCUGAAACUCUUUGCUGCCCAAUCAUCAAUGACAGAAUCAUUUGACUUUUCCCUCACUGAAAUGAAACAUCUCAUAAGUGGGAAGAAGAUGACAGAACCCACAAGCUGCAGACGGCUCUCAAUGGCUGACCUUCUCAAGGUGAAGGAUGUGGCAGCCAUGUUGAAAUAUCGGAGGAAUCUCUUCCAGGCCAUAACAGCUUCCAAGAACUAAAUAACUUUAUGGUUCUUACAUGCUAAUGUGUCUUUCACAUUUCAAUCAUCUUAUAGGUUUAUACAAAUGCUCUGGUUCUGAUCAACCUACCUACUUGUUUUCAGUUAGGAUAUUAAGUUGAAUAUUUUGAUGCCAAAGACCUUUCCAAAUAUGCACACCUCCAUUUUGUGUCUAAUAAAUCAGAGCCAUAAUAUUUGUGGUUGAGGGUAUGUGGGAUGUAUGUCUACAGGGUAUUUACUUAAUGCAUUAGUUACUGUAUAAGCUUUCUUAUUACCCUUUAGAUAACUUAGAAGACUUUCGAUUGGUUAAUAGACAAUGCUUAUGAAAUACUCUAAAGUAUCACAGGUAGUAUUAAUCCAUCUCAACCUAUUCCAACAUGUAGUAUGGACUACUGUGACAUUUUGUGACCUUUGAAAUUAAAAUCCAACUCACUUGGAGAAUUCAGCUGUAAUUAUCAUGAAAAGGUCCUUUUAUCAGUUCUGUCACAUUUUGUUUCCGGAGCAUAACUCAAAACCUGUUCAAUAUUUUUCAACAAAACUUGUUAGAUUUAUCAAACAGAACCUAAAGUGGUGCCUUUUGUUUUUCACAGAUUUUCGUCCUUUUUAUUUUUCUUGGUUUCCAUGGAAACGUGUUGGACUGAGUCUCAAAGGGAGGAAAGGUUUCGUUUUCCGGAGCACAACUCAAAAAGCAUUUCAAUAUCUUUCAACAGAACUUAGCUGAUAUAUGACACAUACCCUAAAGUGGUUCCUUUUCCUAUCUACGGAUGUUUGGCAUUUGAUUUUUCUUGGUUUCCAUUGAAACGGUUUGGACUUAGUCUCAGAAAGGAUGGGUGGGCCUCGUUUCCGGAGCACAACUC